UAACACAGAGAAGUCUGGAGGUCAUCAAAAGCAAACUGGAGAAGGCCUGGUCUGCAGUAGGGCUGAUGGCAUACAAAAAGACAACCUGCUACCUGCUGCUGCAAGUGCAACCUCAUCUAAUCUUCGCAACAAGAUGGCAUCCAGUCUGUACUUCAUUGUGCUCCUCUGUCUGACCAGUGGACUGUGGAGUGGAGCAAAUGCAAAAUGUCCAGGAAGAGGGCCUUGUUGUGAGAAGUGCCCUGAUGGUUGGACUCAGUAUGACUCUCGUUGCUUCAUCUUCCACUUCCAAGAGAAGGACUGGGCUGAUGCUGAGGUCACUUGUACUGACCUUGGUGGGAAUCUGGCUUCACUCAGAACAGCAGAUGAUUACUCGGCCCUCCGAAAUAUGGUUAAGAGAGUGACAGGCAUAGACAAAACAGCUUGGAUUGGAGGCUAUGAUGCAGUUAAGGAGGGUGUGUGGAAGUGGAGUGAUGGCGAAAAGUUUGACUUUAAUGGCUGGCACAAAGGGGAGCCAAACAACUCUGGAGGGGCAGAAAACUGUAUGGAGAUCAACUAUAAAGAACAAGACUUUGUCAAUGACGCGAAGUGUGAUGAGAAGAGAUCUUUCAUUUGUGCCAAAGACACAUCAUUUUAGCCAUGAUGAUGUCAAAUCUUCGGUGAUUGUCACUUCGGUCACUUUGUUGGGAUGUCAGGCCUCGAUGACAUCAGUACUUGAAAACCAAUAAAAGUCCUAAUUCACUUAAUUGAUCAAUAAAUAGAUGUAUCUUGCUCAGCAAUAAAAUAAAAUAUA